AUGGCAGACGCCGAGAUCCCUGUGGAGGCCCCAAAAGCUGAAGCCCCGAAGGUAGACGCUGAGAAACCUGCGGAUGCCCCAAAAGCUGGAGCUUCGGAAACAGCCACUGAGAAACCUGCGAGUACCCCAAAAGUUGAAGCCCCAAAAGCCGACGACGAGAAAGCUGCAGAAGCCCCAAAAGCCGAUGCUCCCAAAGCCGUUGCUCCCAAGGCAGAUGCUCCCAAGGAAGAUGCUCCCAAGGAAGAUGCUCCCAAGGAAGCUGCCCCCAAGGAAGAUGCUCCAAAAGAAGAUGCUCCAAAAGAAGAUGCCCCGAAAGAGGAUGCCCCAAAGGAAGAUGCCCCAAAAGAUGCCCCCAAAGCAGAUGCUGAGAAACCCGUGGACACCCCAAAAGCCGAAACAGAGCCUACACCGCCGGCAACUUCAGUUACUGAAGCAAUUGCCGAGCACGUGAUUGUUGAAGCUGGUACAGCUGUUGUGAAGGAGAUUACAAAGAAAAGCGACGAAGAUCUAAAAACCAUUGGGAAAGGUCUCCAUGACGAGUUUCAUGAAGAGACCAAGGAUGGACUCCCGUCUUUAUCAGACAUCGGGGGGGCCAUUGUUAACGGCGUUGAGACCGUAAUCGAGGAGGUAAUUGAAGGAGCUGAGGUUGUUGUGAACGAUAUUAAAGCUCAUCCGGAGCUUAUUGCCGAGGGUGCUCUAGUUCUUGGCAUUGGAAUUGCUUCGCUCGUCCAGCCGGAACUUAUCGUGGGGAGUGUGGCGAUGGUUGGGAAAAUGGCUGCUGAUCACGCCAAACAGACCGCCAGCAAAAUUGCUGUGGAGGCCAGCUCACACGUGGUCGAGGAACUACGGAAAGAUAUUACCGAAGGCACUUCCAACGAUGCAGCGGUUGUGGAAGCAACAACCACUCAGACAGAUGUCACCACUGCCCAAACCACAGUUGAUGGUACUACUGGGGACGUUGUUGCCAAAGAAUCGAAAUUAUCUUCUCAAGAGACAAAGAUCGUCAUCACUGGAGGAAAUGUAGCAGUGUCUUCAGAUACUUCGGAAACGGCACCUGAAACUUCACCAGAUGCGAAGGACUCCAAAUCUGCGGAAUCACCGAAGGUCGAAAAUGAAAAGCCAGGAAACUCGACUGAAGAUGACUCGACAGCCGAAGCAAAAUCGGAAACUGCGUCUAAUGAACCAUCCAAAAAAGGGCUUGGCGCAGAUGAUAGUAAAAGUGGAAGCUCUGUCAUUGUCAUGGGAGGAGACAAGAGUGUGUCGGUGAAAAUCUCCGAGGAUGGCACAAUCACUAUUGGGACAGAGGCAUCGUCAAAAACAGAGAUAGUCAAGACGGUAACGGCGUCAGGAUCUAAGUCCGAUAGCGAAACUACGAAAGAAGAGGCCCCCGAGAAAGAAGUGGUAAAGGAUCCCGAGGAUACUAUCAAGGAUUCCGAACAGAAAGCCGAGAUAGAGAAAGUGGCUGAGGUAGUACCUGGAGAGGCACCUCAGCACAAUGCGGAGACGGAAAAUGAGAAGAACCGCGAGGUAAACCUAGAGGAGGAGCCCACCAAAACAUCACCGACGGAAGCCGCUACAUUAGAAUCCGAGAAAGUCCCCGAGGAAACAACUGAAACAGCGGAAACUCAGAAUAUACCCGAAGUCGAUUCCCUGACAAAGGAUGGUCAAGAAUUAGUAGUUCCGCAGGUUAUAGCUACAAAACUAGAGAAACAUGUUGAGCAAACUGCAAAACCAGCCGAUUCCAAGUCAGCCGAGCCUUCAGUGGGUAAGGACACAGUGGAGAAUGUGGUGGUACAGAAUGACUCGCAUAUUCACAAGAGUUUGGAUGAAAUUCAUCAAAAACUCAAUGCCUUGAUCUCUCCAGUGGCCAAGGUAAACAGCGAAGCCAAGGAUCCCGAAGUAGUGGCUCCAUCCCAUGCUCAUACCCACGAAAGUCUCGCACAGAUUCAUCAGAAACUCAAUGAUUUAGCAGCAUCCGACUCGAAAGCGAAGGAGGUUGUACCUAGUCCGCCUGAUGCUGACAGCCAAAAGACAACCCAAGAUGCGUUGGACAAGAUCCAUUUGAAACUUGAUACUUUAGUCGAGUCUCAUUCAAAGGUAAAGGAGGAUCUAGCAACUUCGAACAGAGAUGUGGAGCAGGAGGUUAGACAGGAAGAUUUGGAGAAGAUACAUACCAAACUCGAUGCCUUGAUUGUUUACCAUCAAGAAGUGAAAGAAUCUGCCGCGGCUACAGUCCCAGGCCAAGCCAUCACGCAAGAAGACAUCCAGAAUAUACAUCUCAAACUCGAUACAAUGCAAGAAGCACUAGCAAUCAAGCCCACCCCUACCAGCGAAGACAAAUCGAACGAUGUGCACCAGAAAAUGGAUAUCAUCCACCAAGCUAUCCUUGCCAACACAAAAUCCGCGGAUGCUCUAGUUGCAAGCAGGGAAGUUGCAGAGGCAUCACCCGCCCCAGCAUCUACCGAAAUUGAUAAUCUCCAUAAGAAAUUCGACACCAUGCAGGCGGCAAUCAACAAACUUACCGCAGCCCUCUCCCAAAAGUUAGAAACGGACGCUGCCACCACGGAACUCCCAGGUGUCUCCAAUAUCCAGGGAGAAAGUGGUCCUCCAGAAGAGGCAAAAGCUGUUAGCGAAGUGGGAAACCCCAUCAGCGAAGCAUCUGAAAAUGCUCCUGAAGUCCCCGCUUCCGAUCCCGUGGCAACUAACAACGAAGGCUUAAACGAAACCCCAACCGCAGUUGCCACUACGAACGAAGAGACAGACAGCACCACUACCACCAGUGCCCCAGAAGCUUCCACCACCGAAACCUCCGCCGAUGCAACCAGCAACAGCGAUAAUAAAACCGACGACGCCUCCACAAAUACCAAAGCAGCAGAAACCAAACCUGUCACUAAGCACGUGAAGCGAUCGAGCUUCUUUGGCGGGAUCUUUGGAUGA